UUAGAGGUGUCAGGGUUCGUUAAUCUGUGAGGGAGCGACACACUGCCACUCACGCUGUCGCUGCUGCUGCUGCUGCUGCUGCACACCGCUCCCAUUCAUCGGCGGUGAACGGGAGCGGAGUAGCCUACAUUAGGUGUUGACGCGCGUCGGGGAAUUUCCCCCCUCGUUUUUUACAAUGGAUACCUGCAGGGUACGAGCCUGGGUGUUUCUGGUCCUGUUAUGGCAGGACGGGUCUUUGGCAUCGCAGUUUCCGACACAGCUCAUGAUUGAAAAAUGGGUUGAUCAGAUGCAGAAAGAGCUUGUCACCUUGGCAGACACGGCCACAGCUGGGAAGAGCCUCACUCAGAUUUUUAUGAGGAACCAACACCUGUACACUGUGGAGCAAAACGACGCAGAGGAGCUGGUCGCCAGAGCAGCCAGGAAAAUUGAACAGCUGCUGCGGAAGAGGUCUGCUGCCUUGGAGAAACUGGCUACAGCUGCUGAGAACUUCCAGAUGGAGCAUGACUGGAAAGACGAGUUUGAGGAUGAUGAAAUCGCCUACUACAACGCAAAGGACAAUCUGGAUGCAAACGAGACAGAGGGAAGAAAAUACAGGAUUCGACCAGACUUUAAAGAGGACCCAUCAUUUAAACGUUUGACUGAUCACAAUCACACGGCUGUCCACAUCCCCACUGACAUUUAUGAUGGCUCCACCAUUGUGUUGAAUGAGCUGAACUGGUCGGAGGCAUUGGAGGACGUGUUUAGAAAGAAUAGAGAGGAUGACCCGACCCUUCUCUGGCAGGUGUACGGCAGCGCUACGGGCCUAGCUCGCUACUACCCAGCUUCUCCCUGGAUGGAUGCUCGCAAGACUCCCAGUAAAAUUGACCUGUAUGAUGUCCGGAGGAGGCCAUGGUACAUUCAAGGAGCUGCCUCACCCAAAGAUAUGCUAAUCCUUGUGGAUGCAAGCGGGAGUGUGUCUGGCUUGACUCUCAAACUGAUCAGAACCUCUGUCAGUGAGAUGCUGGAGACUCUGUCUGAUGACGACUACGUCAAUGUAGUUUAUUUUAACACCAGGGUGAAGAAGACAGCGUGUUUUGACCAUCUGGUUCAAGCCAACGUGCGGAACAAGAAGCUGCUGAAGGAUGCUGUUCAGAACAUCACCGCUAAAGGAAUUACAAACUACACCAAAGGCUUUGAGUUUGCCUUUGAGCAGCUCUCUACAACAAAUGUGAGCAGAGCAAACUGCAACAAGAUCAUCAUGCUGUUCACUGAUGGAGGAGAGGAAAGAGCUCAGGCCAUACUGGAGAAGUACAAUGCUGACAAAAAGGUGAGGAUCUUCACCUUCUCAGUAGGACAGCACAACUAUGAUAAAGGACCUAUUCAGUGGAUGGCCUGUUCCAACAAAGGUUACUUCUAUGAGAUCCCCUCCAUUGGAGCCAUCAGAAUAAACACACAGGAGUACCUGGAUGUCCUGGGAAGACCAAUGGUUCUGGCAGACAAGCAGGCCAAACAAGUCCAGUGGACUAAUGUAUACCUUGAUGCUCUGGAACUGGGCCUGGUCAUCACUGGAACACUACCUGUCUUCAAUAAAACAAAGACCAAAGACGACAGGAAUGGCGAGCACCAGAAUCAGUUGAUUCUUGGCGUAAUGGGGAUUGACGUGUCUCUGGAUGACAUCAAGAAGCUCACACCACGCUUCACAAUUGGUCCAAAUGGGUACUACUUUGCCAUUGAUCCCAAUGGAUACGUCUUGCUGCACCCUAAUCUCCAGCCAAAGAAUCCUAAAUUCCAGGAACCUGUUACCCUAGACUUCCUGGACGCUGAGCUGGAGAAUGACAUCAAAGUGGAGAUCAGGAGAAUGAUGAUCGAUGGUGAGACAGGCGAAGCAACCAUUGACACUCUGGUGAAAACUCAGGAUGAGAGGUACAUAGAUAGAGGAGUCAGGACCUACACGUUUGGGCCGGUAAAUGGAACAGAUUACAGCCUGGCUCUUGCUCUGCCUAAAUACAGUGAACACUUCAUUCAAGCUAAUCUUGGGGAUGACAUGAAACAAGCUAUGUCCAUGGAAACCAUACAGCAGGAGAGGUUUGAUGAGUUUGGUUACACCUACAUCGCUCCAAGGGAGUACUGCAAAGAGCUGAAGUUGUCACUCAACAACACCCAGUUUCUCCUCGACUUCAGCCAGUACAUUGAUAGGAACACUCCAGAUGCAUGUAAUAUGUCCCUGGUGAAUCGACUAAUCCUGGAUGCAGGUCUGACAGCUGAACUGGUUAAACUUUGGAACGAGCAGACAGUGGAUGGGAUAGUGGCCAGGUUUGUGGCCACAGAUGGAGGAAUCACAAGAGUCUACCCAAGAAGUGCUGGGGAAGAGUGGACUGAGAAUCCUGAGACAUACGAGUCCAGCUUCUACAAAAGGACCCUGGACAAUGAGAUUUAUAUUUUCACAGCUCCAUUGUUCAACUCAGAGGCCAGGGAGCCUGUUUCUGAGUCAGGUAUUCUUGUGAGCAAAGCAGUGGACAUCACAAUUGACGAAGUCACGCUCAAACCAGCAGUUGUGGGAGUGAAACUUAAUGUCUCAUUCUGGAUGAACAGUUUCAUGAACGCCACGCUGAAACUAAAUUGCAAGGAUGAGAUCUGUGGCUGUUUGAGGAAUGACAAGCAUGUAGACUGCGUGAUCCUGGAUGAUGGGGGAUUUCUUCUCAUGUCCAACCAGGAUGAGUAUAUCAACCUGAUAGGUCAGUUCUUUGGUGAGGUGGAUCCUGUGCUGAUGAUCAACCUGGUCAACACCUCCCUGUAUUCCUUCAACAAGACCUAUGACUACCAGUCUGUAUGCGACCCAGAGAAAGACAGCAAGGCUGCAGCAGGACCCCGCUCCGUCUAUGUGCCUACCAUUGCAGACUUGCUCAGUAUUGGCUGGUGGGCCUCCAGUGCUGCCUGGUCGAUACUCCAGCAGCUCAUCUUUGGUCUCAUAUUCCCCAACCUUCUAGAGGCAGCGGAGUCAGCAGAUGAUGACAUACCAGAUGCCAUGUUUAAGGAAAGCUGCAUCACAGAGCAGACUCAGUACUUCUUUGACAAUGAUGAAAGAUCCUACUCAGGUGUCCUGGACUGUGGAAACUGUUCCAGGAUGUACCGUGCAGAGAAGCUGCCAAACACUAACCUAGUGUUCUUGAUCACUGAUGCCAAGGCAACGUGUUUGUCAUGUGACCCCAGGCCACUACGACAGGCUGAGCAACCCUCUGAAGGUCCGGAUCCAUGCGAGUUGGCUCAGAACCCCAGAUACCGCAAAGGGCCAGACGUGUGUUUCGACAACAAUGAAAACGAUGAACCCUUGUGUCCAAUCAGCAGAUGUCCUACACUGAGUCUCUCACCUCUCUUGUUGUUUCUGGUGCUGAGUUCAGGGAAGAUGAUUCUGAUUGUGGAGGUGGGACCUGUCUAAGUCCGUGUCUUUGGCCAAUGCUUGGGCUCCAACUACUGCUGCUGUGGCUCCUCACAUCUUUACAACACUCAUGACCCUUACACACACACACACACCUACACACACUCAUACACACACAUGCCGAUCAUCAUCUCAUCCAACAAGAGGCCAGAAGACACUCCAGUCAUGCCAUCCCGGAUGUAUGCAGAAUACUGGCAACAAGACAUUUUGUUUUCUGUUGACAGUAUCAGCAUUUCCAUUUUCCAAUGCCAAAGGUCGCUCAUUCAUUUCCUCCUGGUCAUAUCGGAAAAUACAGACACAUUUACUGUGCUCAGCUGAACUCAUCUCCAUGAUAUACACCUUAAUAUCCUUCUAUGGUGCAAGAGUAAGAGCUAACCAAACCCUUUAAUUCUGCCUCAUUUCUUUUCUGAUUUAUUUAGAGGAGGUUGAAGAGUCCCACUAUGCCAACUAAAUAUCAUUCAAAGACUGUAUGUUCACUGACAGCGUUGAUUUGUGUAGUUGUCGAUAUUGUUUGUUGCUUAUUAUACUUAUUGCGUAUGAAUCAUUAUGCUGUAAUGACUGUUUAUUUUUGGCAACCAGUGCAACUAUAAAGAAUAUCCCUUUUGUUUGAGUGUUUUUUAAAUGUACUGUACCUAUCUAUUUAUCUAUUUCGUUUGGUUUUUUUUGUAAUCAAAAUCAAACAUUCAACAUGAAUAGCUAGGUGUUGUAUUGUAGCAGCAUGUGCUCAGUACAGAGCUAAAGACAACACCAGUACUCUGACACCAAAGCUCACAAGGACCACAGAUACACACAAACCUACUACAGAGAAUCUACAAGCUGGUUUAUUUCA